GGCCCCAGCCCACUCGGCUCCUAGACAGAGGCAGAGGCAGAGGUAGAGGCGGCAGCAGCAAUUGGGCCAUGGCAGAGGACGGGCCAAAGCAGCCACAGCUCAGCAUGCCGCUGGUCCUGGACGAGCACCUGACCCAGCAGCUGCGGCUGCGUGUGGAGAGCCUGAAGCAGCGCGGGGAGAAGCGCCAGGAUGGCGAGAAGCUGCUGCGGCCAGCCGAGUCCGUGUACCACCUCAAGUUCACCCAGCAGCAGAAGCUGCAGUUUGAGCGCUGGGACGUCGUGCUGGACAAGCCGGGCAAGGUCACCAUCACGGGCACCUCCCAGAACUGGACGCCCGACCUCACCAACCUCAUGACACGCCAGCUGCUGGAACCCGCUGCCAUCUUCUGGCGCAAGGAGGACUCGGAGGUCAUGGAUUGGAACGAGGCGGACGCCCUGGAGUUCGGGGAGCGCCUGUCGGAGUUGGCCAAAAUCCGCAAGGUCAUGUACUUCCUCAUCACCUUUGGCGAGGGCUUGGAGCCUGCCAACCUCAAGGUCUCCGUGGUCUUUAACCAGCUCUGACGGCAGCGGCUCGCUGCUGCCCCUCCUCUCGCCCGCCUGCCCCGCACCCUGCCUGUAGCCCCUCCCCCCAGGUGUCUAUUUGGGGACAUUUUUCUAGCUGCUGACCUGUACUCAGCUUUGCUGGGACCCUUGUGCCCGCAUCCUUCCUCUCUCCUCCCCCUGGGGCUGGUGCCCCCGCUUAUGGAGGGAGAUACAAAGGCUCUGGAGUCUAGAAGCUGAACUGGCAGCCUGGCUGCCUCUGCUUCAGCUGUACACCACAGAGGCCUGGCUGGGGCUAGUGUGGGAAGAUGGAGGGGCAAGGGGUGUCUGCCUUCUCCGCCUCAUCGUUGGGAGAGAGAGACUGAGGGAGACCAAGAGAAAGACAGACGGAGACGCAGAGAGAGGGAGAGAGAUCCAAAGAAACAGCCAUCGGGCUUCCUCUGGAGAUGGGGAUGGCACAGCAACCUCCUUGGGAAUCCAGCAAACAGGCAUUUGCUGCCCGCCCGGCCACAGCGCCCUUUGUCCAAAAAUGAAUGCUCAGCCUGAGGAUCCAGGAAAGCACCGCUCCUGGCAUGGGCCUGGCAUGGUCCCACGAUGCCUCGGGGCCCUCAGGACAUCAGGCAGGGUGGCUGCGGGUGUUGGUGUGGGCAGUGGGGAGUGGCUGGCAAGCUGGAGGCUGUGCAGGCCAACUCUCGCUCUCCUGAGAAUGACCAGAAUGGGAGAAAUGAAGGGCGGGGGGACAUAAAGUCAUCCAGGGCUGUAGCUACCUAUACAUAUACAUAUAUAUUGAGAGAGAGCAUGCUAUAUUCACAUGGAUAUAGAGUCUAUACCUGCCCUAUGGACACAUCUGAUUUUAGAUUAUCUAUUAUAUAAUCACCCAGCUGAUUCCCAAGUGGCCUUUAGCAGGGGCUUGAUCAGGAUGACCUUGGGGAGAGAGAUUUCCUGAGCUGGGAGACUCAGGUUUACACAGUGAAGCAGAAACAAUAUAGUGAAGGGGUUUCCUUCCGCUUGGGAGAACCUGAAUGGAGGGGUCCAGAGCUUUGGAGCUGGGGACAGUAGGUUCUCUGGGGACUCAGGUAUCCCCCUCUGGGACUGCAGGCUUUUUCCAGCUCACUGGUCAGGGAAGGUGACUGUUUCAUCUAGUGUGGCACCCCUGGCAUCUUUAGUGGAGCUGAGGGGUGAGGCGGGACGGCCUGGUAGGGCAAUUGCGAUGACUGAUGGUCAAAAGUGGGCUGGAGGUAGCAUGUGCUGUGACGAAAGAACACUGGCCUCAGGCCACUGGGCACAACCCACUCCCCAAACAGGGCAACUGAGACACGACUAUCAGUAGAUUCAGUUCUGGCCCCCAAGCCUCACCCCCCUUCACACUGUACAGGGCCAGUGAGCCCAUUUGAGGGAGUGGCCUGACCUGCCUGGCAUCAGCUGAGGGCAGCUCAGGAAGUACCUGCAACACUCUGUCUCGAGGCCAGCCCUGGUUUUUGUCAGGGACGUGCCCUCACGAAGCAUAGCUACCUGGGGUGGGGCUUGGGGGGUCAGCACAGGGCCCUGAGAACAGAUGCACUGAGAGAUGGAGGGUCAGAGCCAUUCCCACUGGCCGAGGCUGCGGGGAGGGCGGGCCCUCACCUAGGAGGCGUGUAAGCGGGAUCGGGUGUGGGAGUCUGGAUUCUUUGGGUGGGAGAUUGGCUGUGGUGUGAGCAAAUGCACGUUUCUGGCUUGUUCCGAGAUGUGCUUAACGUCCUGGCUUGCCUGCCUUGCUUCCCUACUGACCGCUGGGGGAGGCCAGACCCCUGGGGCUAUCCCUGCCCUUCUGCCUCUUUGCUUCACCUCUCCUUGCGGCUCUGGGAUCCUCUUGGUGCAGAUUGCCUGCA